AUGCGACGCCGUACGUGGAGAGUUCGAGGCGUGCCUCUAUCCUUCGACAAGGCGGCGCUCGCUCGCGCCCUUAACAGGCAUUCCUGCUUGUCGUGUAUUGCGAAUGGGGAUUUGACUAAAGACCAAGGAGAUGGCGACAACGGUGCCACUGUCCAUACCCUUGCACCAGACCUGCGGCGGGACCAGGUAGCGACUGUCCAUUUCAGCCGCCUUCCAGUAAAGUUACAAUCUCUCGAAAAGGGGGGCCAGUUGUCGCUCGGCUUGCCGCUACAGUCAACCGGCCCAGCAAGCGGCGAUAAACGUGGCCAACUUCAGCAAACGCACCAGACCGCCACAGUCACAAUCGACGAUCAUUUCGACGGACUCACUAUCCUCUACUCGCCAUACACUGAACCCCCUGAGCGUCAUGAUAUCGACAUUCUCGCUGUGUCAGGUAUAGGGAGUCAUCCAUUUGGCUCAUUUGUCAACAAGCAAGACGGACAUAUGUGGCUGGCUGAUAGCCUCCCUCAAGAUUUACCUACUGCCAGGGUGAUAGUCUUUGGCUAUAAUAUUUCUGUACAGAACAGCACUAGCUUUGCAGAACUCGACGACAUUGCCGGCUGGUUUCACACAGCUAUGAGCCGGAUACAAUCAAGAUCCAGGAAGCCUAUUAUCCUUAUCGGCCAUAGCCUCGGAGGACUGCUAAUCAAAGAAGCACUUAUCAGGAUUUCGGAGUCAGAUACCGAUGCAGCAGUGCUAAAAUUUAUCGUGGGGGUAUUCCUUUUUGGAGUUCCUAACGAUGGAAUGAAAAUUGAGUCUCUCGUACCAAUGGUAUCCGACCGGCCGAACAGGUCUCUCAUUCAAAGCCUUCGCGAUGUGAACUCGCAAGUUCUAGGCAUGCAAAAGAGAAACUUUUUCAAAGUAAUAACCAAAUUUCCACUCGAGAUAUAUUGUUUCUAUGAAACAGAACUGUCACCCACCGCAGAAAGGCAGAGCAAUGGCCAGUUCCAGAUGACCGGCCCGCGGGAGUGCCUUGUGAGCCGGUCUUCAGCAACGUGCUGUCUCCCUCCGGAUGCGCCUCGCAAUCGAGCCAUUCCUAUCCCCAGAACGCACUCAGAUCUUGUCAAGUUUGCCCGCCACGACUCCGAUUACGAUAACGUUAUUUAUUUUCUCCACUCGAUAUACGGCAGGUCAGCGGCCAUUGAAGAGUCCCAAGGUGACAUUACUAGGGCAUAUCAGAGCCACAGCGACGUCGCCCCGAACUUACCACGGUCAAAGAAAAGAUGGAGUGAAGGAUCACAGGCUCUCAGGGUCGAUUCAAAUGAUAUUCAUUCUAUGAUCUCCCCGCCGGACGGCCAGAUACUGCCAUCUAACUCCAAUAAUCCCACAGUACGGCUCUUGGGUGGUACGACGGGCACUCUACGACAGCCUCCCGCGGCCCUGACUCAUCCAUCUUGGGUUACCUCAGUAGCCUUCUCGUCUGAUAGCAAAAUUCUUGCCUCUGGCUGUAUUGAUGGAAAAGUGCGGCUGUGGGACCCUCCGACAGGUGUUCUACGACAUACCCUUGAGGGCGAUUUGUCAGUUUGCUCGGUAGCCUUCUCGUCCGAUAGUCGAAUUCUGGCGUCUGGCUCUACUGAUUGGACAGUGCGGCUUUGGGAUGCUACGACAGGCGCUCUACAACAUAUCCUUAGGGAACAUCUAAGCUGGGUUCACUCGGUGGCUUUCUCGCCCGACGGCCAGAUACUGGCGUCUGGCUCUCGUGAUCACACAGUGCGGCUUUGGGAUGCUACGACAGGCGCUCUACAACAUGUCCUUAAGGACCAUCCAGGUUCGGUUUACUCGGUAGCCUUCUCGCCUGAUAGCCGGAGACUAGCUUCUGGCUCCGUAGACGGGGUUGUCCGCCUCUGGGACACUAGGACGGGUACUUUACAGCAAACUCUCAAGCGCCAUUCGGAUUCGGUUGUCUCAGUUAUCUUCUCGCAAGAUGGCCAGAUGCUAGCGUCUAAAUCCAUUGAUAAGACAGUGCAGCUCUGGGACGCUGCGACAAGCGCUCUGCGGCAUACCAUUACGUCCGAUUACGAUUCGCUUUACUCGGUUAACUUCUCGCCUGAUAGCCGGAUCAUAGCGGCUGGCACUCUAAAUGGGAUAGUUCAGCUUUGGGACACUACGACGGGUGUUCUACGAAAGGUCCUUUGGGGCCAUUCAGAUGUGGUAUACUCGUUGGCCUUCUCGCCCGACGGCCAGAUGCUAGCGUCUGGCUCAAAGGAUCGCACUGUGCGGCUCUCCAGGGACCCGCAAUCUUUGAAAUAA